UCGAGCACUUGUAUACUUCGUAUACGCCAGUACUCUGAGUAUUCAAGCACAAGAGGCGAGAUGGGGUGCGUCGAUUCGCACUUGGGGCAGUUUCGGCUCGCAACAAAGCACCAGAGCGAACCACCAGGAUUCCGCUUCCCCACUUCCAAUCUCCCUCCCGCGAGCCGAAGCCUUCCUCCUCCACAUAGACUCACACCAUCAUGGUCGACGCUAGCAACCCCAAUGAGGCCAAGGCCGAGCAGCGCGCCAGACUCGUGCGUCGCAACUCGCGCGUGACGGUGGACCAGCUACUGCGCGAGGCCUUCGCACGUGUGGACACCGACAUGGACGGCAAGGUGAAUGCCAUCGACAUCCAGCGCGGCUUGCGUGUGGCUGGAGUCAAGCUGUCUGCAGAUGAUGUGGGAGAACUCAUGAAGCGUCUGGACCCUAAGAACCAGGGCCAGCUGACGUACGACGACUUCCACGCGUUGCACGAGGCGUUCAUCCUCAAGACCUUCCGCUCUUUCGACAAGGAGAGCAAGGGCUACCUCGUAGAUGAGGAUCUGCAGAAUGGUCUGCAAGCCUUGGGCGUCACUGUCACUCUCCAGGAGGCUACUAGUAUGAUCCAGGAGUUGCACCCGCGUGACGCACACCGCGUGCACGAGGCUGACUUCAAGUAUCUGUACUUGCUGCUACGUUCCAAAAUGGCGUCUCCCACGGCACUCGAGCACUUCCUGUGGGAUCCGGAUGUCCGUCAGCUCUCCAAGAACUGGUGGAAGGCCAGCGUCGAGGUGGGUGAGGGCGGUUUGCGCGCCCCGCUACCUGCCGACAAGGACGGCCAGGUCAAGAAGGUGUCGCCCACCGUUAAGUUCUUCGGCGGUGCGCUUUCAGGCGUCAUUGAGGCUCUGAUCCUUACGCCUCUGGAUGUGACCAAGACCCGUAUGCAGCUCGACAAGACCGGCCAGUACCGCGGUAUGGUCGACUGCGGCAAGAAGCUGUUCGCUGCUGAAGGCCCCAAGGGUCUAUUCAAGGGUUUCAUCCCAUGGACAACUCACGUUGUGCUCAAGAAUGGUACGCGCUUCUACUUCAACGCCAUCUUCCGUCGCAUGCUGUCGGACAAGAACGGCCAGGUUAGCGGCGCCAAUGAGUUCGUUGCUGGUGCGUUGGCUGGUGCCACUGAAGCUGUGCUCAUUGUGACGCCGUUCGAGGUCAUCAAGACGCGUCUGCAGGGCCAGGAUAUCGUCAAGGGAGAGAUCCCCAAGUACCGUGGUCCGGUGCACACUGCCGUCACGGUUAUCAAGCACGAGGGUCCGCUUGCACUGUGGAAGGGUCUGGCCCCGACUAUCGGUCGCCAGGGUCUUAACCAGGCGUGUAGUUUCUGGUCCAACAACUUCAUCAAGAAGCACGUGUGGAAGAUCCAGGACGGCGACUCGUUGCCGGCGUGGAAGAGCGGUCUUACCGGUAUGAUUGGUGCCAUUCCCGGCCCGUGCAUUAACUGCCCCAUGGAUGUGGUUAAGACCCGUCUUAUGGCGCAGGAGGCUGCUGCCGGUGCUGGCGGCAAGUACAAGGGCAUGGUGGAUGCCAUGGCCGUGAUUGCCAAGGAGGAGGGUGUCAGCGCACUGUACAAGGGUCUAGUGCCGCGUCUUGCUCGUCUGUGCCCGUCGUACGGUAUCCAGUGGCUCGUUAUGGACCAGGUCACCGAGUACUUCUCCAAGAACUAAGAGAAACAGCACGUUGCUAGCCAAGCAGGUCGACGACCACCGCUGGAGCCGUCUAAGGUGUGCGACUGCAGUGAUAGAUGCUUUAUUUCGUUGCCUGCACCUGAAACAAUAAGCGCCUAUGCCAUACAAACACUAUUUUACCUCUGUCA